AACCAAUGGCUUUAAUGUGAAGGAUUUUAAACUGUCCUAACAAAAUGCAUGCACAAAUCUAACCAGUAAUAAACUUUCUUCUUAAUCUCCAAUUUCCAAAUAAAUCAAAUGGUCUCCAGUUUUUUUUUUCCUUUUCCUUUUUUCUUUUCUAGGGUUUUAAACUUUCUUCCUAGCCAAACGCUUUUUUUUCCUUUCUUCCCAUGGGAUGUUUAUGAUCUAAAACCCCCCAAUUGCAAUUGUUGUUAUUGCCAUCUCAUGGGAAGCUGCAUAUCAACACAAGCGAAACUAAUAAAUUCAAUAUCGAAGAGAUAUUAUGAUAGAUCCGGUACCAAAGGGAAAUCCAAGCAUGCACGUUUCGAUCACAGCGAGUCGCGUAAAUCAGUGAGCAAAUGCGUGAGCAGUAACCGUAAGGUAUUGAAAAAUCCGUCGGGGAAGAAUAUCUUCGACCUUUACGAGAUCGGAAAGAAGUUGGGGAUAGGCGAAUUCGGGGUCACGCACCAAUGUUUCGAUUUAGAAACCGGGGAAGCUUUCGCGUGCAAGAAGAUAGCGAAGGCGAAGCUGAGGACGGAGGUGGACUUGGAAGAUGUAAGAAGGGAGGUGGAGAUUAUGAGACAUUUGCCGAAGCAUCCGAAUAUUGUCACCUUUAGGGAAGCCUUUGAGGAUAAAGAAGCUAUUUAUCUUGUUAUGGAGCUUUGCCGUGGAGGUGAACUUUUCGAUAGAAUCCUCGCUAAAGGUCAUUAUUCGGAACGAGCUGCUGCUACCAUCAUUAAAACUAUCUUGGAGAUUGUCAAGGUGUGCCAUGAGCAUGGAGUGAUACAUAGGGAUUUAAAACCUGAGAAUUUCUUAUUCGCAGACGAAAGUGAAAGUGCCCCAAUUAAAGCCAUUGAUUUCGGGCUCUCCAUAUUCUAUGAAUCUGGUCAGCGUUUCAGUGACAUAGUAGGAAGUCCAUUCUACAUGGCACCAGAGGUUUUAAAAAGAAACUAUGGAGAGGAAGUUGAUGUUUGGAGUAUUGGUGUUAUUCUUUAUAUCUUGCUCUGUGGAGUUCCUCCUUUCUGGGCUGAAACAGAGGAAGGGAUAGCCCAUGCAAUAAUAAAAGGGGAGAUAGAUUUCAAAAGGGAUCCAUGGCCAAAGGUGUCAGGUGAAGCCAUGGAGCUGGUAAAGAGCAUGCUUCGUCCCAAUCCGUACAAUCGUAUGACCAUUCAAGAGAUCCUUGAACAUCCAUGGAUUCAAAACCCCAAGCAUUGUCCCAACGUUAAUCUGGGGGAGAACGUAAGAUCAAGGAUUAAGCAGUUCUCGUUGAUGAGCAAGUUCAAGAAGAAAGUUUUGAGGGUAGUAGCAGACAACUUGUCAGAAGAUCAAACCGACUCCAUAAUCCAGAUGUUCAAUAUGAUGGAUACUGAUGAAAAUGGGCAUUUGUCCUUCGAGGAACUCAGAGAUGGCCUUGCCAAAAUUGGCCAUUCUAUUGAUGAUCCUGAUGUCCAGAUGUUACUCGAGUCCGCUGACGUUGAUGGAAGUGGAACACUAAGCUACGAGGAGUUCAUAACAAUGGCGGUUCAUCUCAAAAGGAUCAGCGACGACCAACUCUCUCAAGCUUUCCAGUACUUCGACAAGAACCAAUCCGGUUACAUCGAAGUCGAAGAACUUAAAGAAGCUCUACUACAAGACGACCCUGGUCCCAACAAUGAAAAAUUAAUCAAAGACAUCAUGCUUGAUGUAGACGAAGAUAAGGAUGACAGAAUCAGUUAUCAAGAAUUUAAGGCAAUGAUGUUAUCAGGCAUGGAUUGGAAAAUGGAUUCUCGACAGUAUUCUAGAGUAUUGCUAAAUGCCGUGAGCAUCAAAAUAUUAAGAAAAUCUGGUCAACUAAAAUGAUAAAAAUUUUCAGGCUCCGGGUAAAACUCUGAUUUACGCAUGAUUACAAUUGAAAGAAAUGACGGUUGACUUUUGUAUCAACUGAUACAGACUUUUGGAGAGCCACACUCAAAAGCUAAUUAUUGAAGUUGAAAAAUAUAGAUCUAUCUAAAAAAUCUCAUACUUCCUUAACCGGGAUUCAAAUCUUGUACUUUGUAAUUGACAAAUUACAAUCCAUUUUUGAUACAUAAAAGUUUAAAUAA